GCCGCUACAAAAGGAAAUCCCGCGUUGAGUCCUGAGAAUGAUGCACCGCCUGCAGAAACAGACGAGGGCAAAACGGAGGAAAAAGAAAAGGACCUUAGCGAACAGGAAACAGAGGAGCCUGGCAUUAGCGUAGAACCGAAAAUGGAAGUGGUGGUCGCAGAGCCCAGCGAAGGGAAGGCCUCUUCAGCAGCAGACAAGGCCGCGACGGAGGAGGUGACAGACGACAGCCCUGUAAUGGUCAACCAGGAGGCGACGGCCGCUCCAGAAGGACCGGUGCAAAAACCAGAUUCACAGCAAAACCCAGGAGAUGUUAACAACGAUCCUGCCAACGAUAACACAGUGAAAGAGGCGAAGGAGGAGCCAGGAGAAGACAGUCGCUGUUCGGCGAUAGACUGUGAAAAGAGCAAAACAGUCUGUGAAGACGGGGAGAAAGCCAGCGUCGGAGGCGCCGAGUUAGGCGACAAGAGGCGGCCGAGUGUGGAGAUAUCAUCCUCCGACGGUGAACCGCUGAGCCGUAUGGACUCGGAGGACAGUAUCAGCAGUACCCUGAUGGAGAUGGAAAGCACAGUGUCCAGUGGACGCUCCACCCCUGCUAUGAUGAACGGACAGAACAGCACUAGCUCCUCUGGGGCCAAGACGGUGGCUUACGCCUGCUGCUGGGACCUCUGUCCACAGUGCUUCAACUCUAGUCCUGACCUGGCAGAGCAUAUCAGGGGCAUUCAUGUAGAUGGGCAGAGAGGAGGGGUGUUUGUGUGUCUGUGGAAGGGUUGUAAGGUGUAUAACACACCGUCCACCAGUCAGAGUUGGCUCCAGAGACAUAUGCUGACACAUAGUGGAGAUAAACCCUUCAAGUGUGUAGUUGGCGGUUGCAACGCCAGCUUUGCUUCCCAAGGAGGGCUGGCUCGCCAUGUGCCCAGUCACUUCAGCCAGCAGAGCUCCUCUAAAAUGUCCAGCCAGGCUAAACUCAAGGAGGAGUUACCCUCCAAGGCUGGGCUCAACAAGAGGAAGAAACUCAAGAACAAACGCAGGUGCUCCCUACCGAGGCCCCAUGACUUCUUUGAUGCUCAAACCAUGGACGCUAUUCGCCACAGGGCCAUCUGUCUCAACCUUGCCACCCACAUUGAAAGUGUGGGCAACGGCCACAGUGUGGUCUUUCACAGCACGGUGCUGGCCAGAAGGAAAGAGGGGUCUGGCAAGGUGAAGGUUCUCCUACACUGGACACCUGAGGACAUACUACCUGACGUGUGGGUGAAUGAAACAGAGCGAUCUCAGCUGAAGACUAAAGUGGUGCACUUAUCCCAGUUACCGCAGGACACAGCCAUGCUGCUAGACCCAAACAUCUAUAGAGCACUUCCUCAAAAGCGGCUGAAGCCUAGUAUUACCUGUGGCUCGGGCUCUCCUGUGGUGAAACACCAACGAAGAUGAUUCCUAGUCUCACUCAAACACGAGGUCAUAUUUGGCCGUUGUUCAUGAUUCCAUUAAUUGACCUCACUAGUUCAGUGCAGUAGAAGCCCUAAAAUACAUCAUGCUGUGUCUACAGUGGAAGUCAGCUUAAUGUCUGAACAUCCAGGAAAAGAUUUCUGAGAACAACUCACUUUUUCUCUUUUUCUUCCUGUCUUUGUGCUCAGCCUUUAAGGAGUCAUCUGUCGACUUGAUACUAAAGGGGAAAUCCUUGUUGAUAGGAACUUUAUCUGUAUGGGAUGGGACGCUCGGCAUCAGUCUCUGCCGAACAGGGGGAGUAAAGUGGUGAUAAGAGGAAGUGAGGCUUGGCUUUUUUCACUUUCCAGUUUUAUUUACCUGAAAUGACUGUUGUUGCCACAUAUGGAGAAAAAUGGGACUAACCUUUUUUAUUUUUUUUAAGUUUAUAGUCAUUAAAUUAAUGUGUUUUGUUUUGUUUUUUUGUUUUUUUUUAAACAAGCACCAAACUGAAAAUAUUAAUACCCAGUGGUAUAAAAAAAAAACUGUUUUGUGUAACCUUGUCAGAAAAUGCAGCAUAUUUUAUAACUGUUUUGAGUAAAAUAUUUAUGCAGAUUUGUAACUUAUUUUUGUACCAUGAAAAUGCUGAUGUGCUGUGGAUUUUUGUGAAGGUUUUGAAUAGAACUGUAUUUACUGUAAUAAUCUAUGUUAACUGUCACUUGCUGGAAUGC